AUGUCGUGUGUGCACUUCUCUUCAAAGCUGAACUAUGAUACAGUCACCUUCAAUGGCCUCCACAUCUCCCUGUGUGACCUCAAGUGCCAGAUCUUUGGCUGCGAGAAGCUGAAGCCAGCUAACUGUGACCUGCAGAUCACCAAUGCCCAGACCAAAGAAGAAUACACGGAUGAGAAUGCCCUGAUUCCUAAGAACUCAUUGGUAAUUGUGAGAAGAAUCCCUGCUGGAGGAGUUAAAGCUACCAGCAAAAGACAUGUUCUAAAUCGAACUGAGCCAGUGAGUGGAACAUCAAAAACAGUUGAUGAGUCUUCUGCAUCUACUUGUCUGGCCCAGCUUAUGAAGUUCCCAGUGUGGGAAGAUAGAAGGGGAGCACCUUAUCAGCCCCAACAUGAUGUUGCAAAUUACUCACCUUCAAGACACAAAGAAGAGGCACUUCAGAAGCUGUUUACCAUUUUUCCUAUGUUUUGUUAAUCUUGCGUUGGACACUAACACAAUUUUCACAGAAGAAUUUAUUUGACUGUAAGUUAUGGAUGUUUCAGGGGGAUUUGCAACAGCCAGAAGAGAAGCAUUUCUCUCACAUGGACAAUUGCAUGGCUAUUUCUGAAUUUCUAGUCAUUAUAGUUAUAGGUCCAUUCUUUGACUCCUUCACAAUUUCAUAAAUUGUAGUGUAUGUACGGUGGGCAACACAAUCUGAUUUGUUUGAACGCAGACUAAGUUGUGUAAAUGUACCUAACUGCUUGUAGGAAUAUACCAAUGUGCAUGUGUGGCAUAUUAGCAGUCGUGACCUUCUGAAACUGUGGUAAUGCCCUGUUUUCCUAUGGAACUGCCUGCGUUCUUUCCUCAACUAUGUGUAACUUUGUCUGAGGAAGUACUAGUGAUUGCACUUUGUGUGAAGGUGAGUGCUUGCCAAUUAAAUUUCUAGUCUUUAAAGUUACAGAAAUUAGAGAAGGCAGGGCCUCACACAGAGGAGCUAGUUCGUUCUUCUCAAAAUAAAGGCUAGAGUUCAUUUCCAAGGAAGAGAAAUCUCUUCCCACUGGUAACUUCUUACCUCUCUCACUGCAGAAAUUAAAUUGUGUACAUUUGGAAAAAAAAAAAAAUUAAAUUGGAAGGUAGCCACCAAAAGAAAUUGGUCUUCAUUAGUGCUGUCCCUACACGUGUGCUUGGUUCUGUAAACUCAUGUGAAGUUUUACUCUAAAAUGGGAAAAACUGUCCAAGUGGUAUACACAUCUAAGCUUUUGAGAAAAUUUAAGCAUUUCAGAAAAACACAGGAACAUGACAUAAAGCAGCUCAAAACUGCUGCUCUAACCUCUUUAGUGCAGACUGGCUAGCAUGGAGGCAAUGUGUUGUAAAAAGGUUUCUGGUUUAUCAUUACUAUGUAUUAAAUGCCAUAUUUGAAUUUUGUUUAUUCCUAGUAAUGUUUUGUGGUUUGGGGAUGUGUUUUGUAAAAUGUUUGGAUUCAAACAAAUUAGUCAAUUAUCUGUAAAGUUUUCUGUAAA